AUGCUACCUGACUUCUUGGGGAGUAGUUACGCCCGCUACAAAGCAGAUACCAAUAAGUUUGCAACGUGGCUACUGGAGACCGCCAGCCAAUGUGGCUAUCAACCACCCGCCCUCUCUGCUACCUUUCCUACCACGACGAAGUGUAAGGGUAAACGCAACAACAAAAAUCAUGGCUCAGACGCAAAUCCAAUCCAAUACAGUGCAACGACCAAAGAUCUGCAAAAACUCGCCGAGGUGGUUGCCGGUUCUGCUCUCACGGUCCCCCAGUCAGUUCUCGCCAUCGCCAGACGUGCCAUCAAAUUGAGAACAGCGGUCACUUCCUGGUUCUUGGGCCAGGGUGACUCCAUGAACAACAGGCGUCAUGCUCAUUUCAUCACGGCGCUGGUGCAAAUGUGCGAGACUCUUGAAUGGAAGACCAACCAAACUCCGAAGCCAGACGCGAAGCAGCCACCACCGCACUCGGAGGCUCAGAGUGACGAUGCCGUUGCCGACAGCUUUCUAAACAAAUUUGCUGUUUUAACGGUGGAGGAACCCCAGGAUACGGCGCCAUCUCAACCGACCCCCGCCGAAUCGAAAAAGAUCGUCAAGGUGACCGUUGUGGAGGAGGACGAGAAUGAGGCGGAAGACGCACAUCUUGGUCCGUUGUUCUUCAAGACCCUCUGCUUACUUCAAGACUUGAGCAGUAUCCGAAAAUUCCUUUCCAUCACCUGGUCGGAGUAUCGAGACAAGAAGAUUGACCUCAUGAACGCCGCCGUCGUGACUGACAGUGCUUUGCAACUUGCCCAGCAACUUGUGCAGGAGGUGGAGGCGGAGUGGUGCAAUUCCCUUUCGGGGCUUUUGGAGGGAAAGGAUAAUGUGCAGAACGUUAACAUGGCCGAUAUAGCCGACUGGUGCUAUAUACCAACUAAGAUCCUGCUUGAUUCCUUCGCAGACGUCCUUCAGGACAAUCAUUUGCCAGUCUUCAAAAAAGGCUACUUCGGCACCUAUAAUCCGAAAGCGAACAGAGAGCGGAUGUCGCUAGGUCAGAAAUUCAACGAAGACAAAAUCAUCCUUCUUUCGAUUUUGCCCGAGUUUUGCAUGCUGGAUACAUUCAAACUCCAGAUGCCUGCUGAGGACGCGAUCACUCGAGGCCUUGCCGAGUUUGCCAAGACCAAGAAGGUUACUCUGUGGCUUUGCUUCGUCUCCCAGAUCUUUCUCGACGUUCAUCACAGCAUGCGACACAGCAACUUGGGUGCAUUUGGAGACCUCCGAAUGUCUGGGCUUCGCAUCCAGAAGACUAUCGAUGACUAUCUACAACUGUCGAAAACACACCCCCAGCCCAAAUUUUGGCCAAAGGAGGGUGACGAGGAGAUCCGAAAUAUAAGGUCAACCAUCCAAUCAUGGAUUAUACAAGAUCUGUUCACUGAUCUUCGAGUCCGGUCUCAACUCGCCCGCGUUGGCCCCCCGCCGGAGAAGCAUGCACUCUUCUCGCAGCAUGCUAUCCUCUGCGGCUUGAUCCUGUUCAAUCUCAAUACUCGAAUGCAAUCCGUUGGCCAGCAGCUCGUCACCCAAUGGUACGACGUCCAACAGCUGGCUUUCUUGCACAACCUCGUCAUUAAAUCCCCAGCGCACAAAGACCUGAGGUGGCCUGACAUGGACACCUUCAUCAAGAUCCAUGGCGAGUCUCAUAUUUUCAUUGGUUCGCGGCCAAAGAACGCCGAUGAAUCGCUAACCAGGCUUGAGCUGGCCACGGGCAUCUCAUCCGCUGUCAAUUUUGCGCGUGAUUCCCGGAGCAAACGAUUUGAAUUCCAUAAGCCCGACGGCAAGAAUGCUCGCGUACUCAAGCCCACCACUGCAGUCGCGAACUUGUUUUUCGCACAGUACGUUGGUGAUUCUGAGAAAGAUGGCGGGAUUGCAAACAUCGACAGGAUCCUGGACGAGCUUGUACGAAAAUCAAAGCUCGAGCCGUCCAGUAGGGACCUUGAGCGAGCCAAUCCGGAAACCAUCAUCACCCGAACGUGGUCUAAGACCCACAACAUCGACAUACUGCACCUUCUCGCCUUCUUGAAGACCAAGCUAUUCGAAGAGGAGCCGAUCAUCCUGUACAACUACUUCGGCAUGCACAAACGCUCCGUCGAGUUACUCCGACUAAUCCGCGACAAAGAGCACCAGAAGUUCGUCCAAUACUUCACGUCGGCAUACAUGCCCGACGACUCCUUCAUAUCAAACAUCGUCAUCCUCAUCCAUCAUGUUGCGCGAGGCUCGGCCCAAAACGCACGUGACAUGGGACUUGCAUCUACCGGAGUUCAACUGACGAGUCGGAUUGUCACGAGCGCUGGCGACGUGAUGCGGGAAUACUUGAGGAAGAAUGGAGACGUGGCAUGCAAAGAGCUGAGAGUGUUCUGCAAGAACAAAACCCCGAUUCAGGAUGAUGACGCUUAUGAUACUAGUCAAUCGGACGACCUGGUGGUCUCUUGGCUUAGCCUUGAGGACGUUCUGGGACCCAAGGGUGUGGCCUCGCUCCAAACCGGGAUACCGAUAAGCUAG